AUGGUGUUAGGGUCACAUAGACAAGUAUCAGCUGCAGUUGUUUCAUCUAGCAUCAAGUACAAGUACACAUCGACUGGCACCAUAUACACACCAAAGGACAUAUGCAGUGAUAUGUUACAUACUUUUGGAAUAUAUUUGAAUUACUCAAAAGUUUGGAGAUCCCGUGAACAAACAUUGAAGAUGAUUAGGGGUGAUCCGACAGAAUCAUUCGGUAAGAUACCAAGCUUCUUCUGCAUGCUCCGACAAAGAAAUCCUAGUACAGUCACAGAGUUGGAGAUCGAUAGUCACAAUAGGUUCAAGCCCGAAAUUCUCGUCGACGAUACUUAUUUGAAUGGUCAUUAUAGAGGUACCAUAUUCACAAGAAGGAUUGUGUUUUGUAUCAGACCGUAUGGCAGUAUAAAGAAAGUAAUAGAACAGGUGUAUCCAGGAAGUUGCCACGUUAUCUGCUCGUGUCAUUUGCUGCAAAAUCUAAAGUCAUAUUAUGGAAAAUCAGGGCAAGAUAUUAUGCAUGCGUUCAAUUUGGCCGUCCGCGCUUACACAUUAGAAGAAUUUGAAUACAACAUGCAACAACUAGACGCGAUGAAUGGGAAGAUUCGUGAUUACCUGGAUGAAGUUGACCCUGAAAAGUGGUUACGAAUACAUAUGCCGGCAAACAAAUACUCUACAAUGACACCAAACAUUAUAGAAUCAGUAAACGCGAUCACAAAGGUAUCUCCUUCCAACCAAACAGUAUUUUUCGUGAGCGAUGAAAGGUCUACCUUUGUUGUUGACGUUGAGCAACGUACAUGCACUUGCAGGAUGCUGCAGGUCGAUCUAAUGUUGUGUCCACGUGCAUUGGCUGUAAUUGCACAUACAAAAAGGGAUCUAUAUGCUUACUAUUCUUAUUAUUACACAAGGGAUGCAUAUGUAAAUGCUUACGUAAGUUCGGUUUAUCUUGUUGGAAAUCCAGACGAAUGGAGAGUGCCCGAUGAAGUAGAAUUGCAAAUUGUUUUAGCUCCUAACUGUUGA